AUAGAAGGCAUAUUCCUAUCAGUUAGAAAUCCGUCGACUUCCACAUCAUGAAGCUGCUUCUUUCGCUGAUAUUCCUUACUUUAUUGGUUGCAGUCUACUGCUCCGACGAGGAAUCUCAAGUGGCACCUGACGAUGAAGCCGCAGGGUACCACCACCGGAGACACCAUCACGGUCACUACCCCCACGUAAGAAGGCGGCCCGCGCGCAGGUGGGGGUACCCCUUGUACGGAAGCGAAGAUGAUGUGGGAGCAGUAGAAGACCAGGGUGAAGACGCGGAAGAAGUCGCCGCAGACGGAGAAGAAGAAGAGGAAGUCGACUCAGCAGGUCAAGACGAAGACGAGGUUUCAGAGUACGGUGUGGUCGCCAGGAAGAUUCAUCGCUGUGAGGCAAGGCGUCGCUUGGGUCUGCCCUGCCGUUCGCAUCCUCUGUACCCUCGCACCCACUACCCUCACCACAGAGUCUGAGAGGCGCGGCUACUCUUGCUUGAAAUAAUAAAAAAACGCAUAAGUAUUUGAAAUAAG